CAUACGUGAUUCAGGUCUCCACAAAUAAACCAAACUGAUUUAACCUAUUUAUCUCUCCUUUGCAAAUAUUACGCUUUUCAAAAUUGGAAAAACGCAUUCUGUAGUACGUUGAAUUCAACAUGUUUAAAGAACAUUUUGUCACAUUUUGGCUACACGCUGAAAUGAGCACCUGCAUCCGACCUACUUUUUAAGAAACAUGGCAGACAGUGAUAGCGAUGAGGAUACGUUUGUUACGAUCGGAACGCCUUUGGAGCCCCUUGUGGAAGAUGCUCCGAGAAAGAAGGCACCUCAGGUCCAAGAUGAAACAGUGCGAGAUGAGAAAGGAAGACGCCGUUUCCAUGGAGCUUUCACAGGAGGCUUCUCUGCUGGUUACUUCAAUACCGUGGGCAGUAAAGAAGGAUGGACACCGUCUUCAUUUGUUUCAUCAAGAACUAACAAAGCAGAGACCCAGGGACAAAAACCUGAAGAUUAUAUGGAUGCAGAGGACCUUGGGGAAUUUGGUAUAGCGCCUCGCAAGCUGAAGACUGCAGACAACUUCACCUCGGAGCAAGCCCAGAAGAAGCAUGCGGCUGAGAGACUGGAACAUGCUGGUGUCUUCUUUACCCAGCCAGUAUUACAGGACCUUAUCAUACCAUCACAGUUACCCAUGGGUGUGCGCCUGCUGAGGAAGAUGGGAUGGAAGGAAGGGCAAGGUGUGGGCCCCAGGGUGAAGAGAAAAGCCAAAAAACAGGCCACAGCACAAGAAGGCAAAGUAUAUGGCUGCUCUCUGCCUCCAGAUCAGAAUUCUGAUGAUUCUGACUAUGAUGAAUAUGCAGCUGGGUUGACCUUUGCCCCAAAAGAUGUCACCCCAAUCAGUUUUGAAGCCAAAGAUAACCAGCAUGGUCUGGGGUACAGUGGUCUCAAUCCAAAAGCUGCUUUACACUCUGGCCAUAUCAACUUGUUUGAGCCCUCUCCCAUAGGUGGCAGCACUGUAUCUGGUAGCAAGAGGGGCAUCCGAGGAAAGGCAUUUGGAGUGGGUGCUUUAGAAGACGAUGAUGAAGAUAUAUAUGGUAUGGAUUCCAUGGCAAACUAUGAUAGAGAACUAACAGCUGAAUCAGACCACAAUUUUGGAUGGACUGCACCAAAACGUACAUCUAGGUUUUCGGAAGGUCCGCCCGCUGCAAUAACAGAGGGUCCCAGUCAUGUGACCAGAAUAUUGGAGGGUUUCACAAUAGCCUCCAAACCUCUUCAACCAAAAAAAUGCUUUCCACCUCCCCACAUUCCCAGGGGUUAUAAACCCUUCCAUACGUUCCUGAAACCCAAGGAAUCGUCAUCUGCUAGUUCCUCAGGAAAAUCUUUAGAUGCUGGUGCCAGGGGAGCAAUUUUAGGAGAAACGCCUGUGAUAGGAUCAGUGUUUGAACUGGUCAACUCAGAAGGGAAAGCUAAACUGGAAGCUGCCAAGAUAAGUUCAACAACUUCAUCAGCUUCCUCAACAUCAUCAGUAACAACAUCUUCAGCCUGGUCAUCUGCAACAUCGUGGGAAAAGGUUCAGGGGCCAUUUGAAGCUAAACAGCCACUGCUUAAGACACCACUGUUUCAGGGAAACACAAGUUCUUUUAAACCCUUUGUGAAAGACCCAGCAAAGCAGGAGAGAUAUGAGAAGUAUUUGGAGCUGAAGAAGCAAGGUGCAGUAGACUGCUAUAAAACUGUGGCUCUGCCUCACAUGACGGAAUGGGAUAUGGAGAGAGAGGAGGAGGAAUUCAAGAGGGCAGCACAGCUGUUCAAACCCCUAAGCAGUCUCAUGGCCUCCAGGUUUACGCGGGCCAAAUUUGAAGACCACCAUGACGAGGUUGAGGUGCCCCCUGAUGACAGCACACCGGUCAGCGACCAGGCCAAAGCUGCCCAGAUGAAGAUGUUUGGAAAACUGACCAGGGAGAGGUUUGAGUGGCACCCAGAUAGACUGCUGUGUCGGAGGUUUAAUGUACCUGAUCCAUACCCUGGGUCCACUAUUGUUGGAGUUCCAACUGUCAAAAAGGACAAGUUUUCUUUGUACAACUUCUUAAGUGUUCCAGUGGAGAAGAGAGCACCCAGUCCUCCUAAAGCCCUCACUGCUGCAGAUGAAUCUGAACAACCAAGAAUGCCAAAGAGUAUAUUUGAUGCACCAGUCAGUAAACGUAGUGUGCUUCGUAACCCUGCCGAGAAGAGCAAAACAGAGAGUACAGUGAAUAAGGAGACAAAGUCCACAUCAGAUGUAAACGAUCUUUUGUCCUCAGUGAAGGAGAGUGAAGUCACGGUGGAAGGUCGCCCUCCCAUGGACCUGUUCAAGGCAAUUUUCCAAGAUUCAGACUCUAGCAGUUCGUCAUCAUCAGAGGAAGAAGAGGAGGAAGAAAAACAAGAGGAGAAAAGCAGUAACAAGCAGUCCCUCAUAGACCAACCAGUCAUGGUGCCAACCCAACAGGAACAUACCACAGAAGAAAAAGCAGAUGGCAACUCCACCAUACCAGUUGAGAGCUUACAACAAAGGUUGUCACCCCCUCCAGCCAUACAGACUAAAAAUGGUACCAAGGAUGAGGAUGAGGAAAUGGAAGCAUUUGGACCAGCUUUACCUCCACCAUCAGCACCAGGAGAAAGUCCAUCGGCAACCCCAGGCUUCCCAAGUCACGUGUUUAUUUCAGCAUCUGAAAGAGGGGUGCACAGGAAACUGAAACAUGCUCACAGGUCAAAAGAAAGUGACAGAAGUAAAAAGAAGAAAAAGAAAAAGGAAAAGAAGGCCAAGUAUAAGAAGAGCAAGCACAAACACAAAAGUUCCAAAAAGAAAAAAAAGUCCAAGACGGAAACUCCUUCCAGCUCAGAAGACAGCAAUGGCGGCUCUGACAGUUCUGAAGACGAAAGCAAAGACCAGAUACCUACUGAUGCUGAGAUUUUAGAGAGGCUGAAAGGACAGAGAAUGAGGGCUGCAGAUUUCAUGUGAACACUUUGUUGACUGCAAUGGUGAUGAUAAUAAUGACAAUGAUGUCCCCUCCCCCUUUCUCAUGAGGAGGGUUGGAUUGGUUAAUUCAAUAAAAAAAAGUUGUAAAAAAAUUGGACAUUAAGGAAUUUGGACAAACAAUACAUGUCGAUAACAUGAAACUGCAAGGUAGUAGGAAAAUGUGCUCUGAGCAUCCAUUGUCCUACUGUGCAGUAGAAAUGUCUAUUUAGGAGUAGUGUUUUGUAACCACUUGGCUGGAAAGUUGGACACUUUUCUCUUUUUACUAUGAUUUCUUUCCUUGAACCUAAAUAGGUAACAUCUUUUCACAUGUAAGCUGAAUGUGAAGUUUCAGUUUAAUUGAAUACAUAUUAUUAUAACUACUGCUGAAUCGAAAAAUGUUGAUGCUGAUAUAAAGUUUAUCC